AUGGGAAAAAAGCCCCAGAACAAACCCGUCUCCUUUGACGAGAUCAUCAAGUCAGAUCGUCUGAAGAAACAGAACCAGGACCUUGCAAACCAGAUCCUUGGAAAGGAUCGCAAGGGCCGUCGUGUCAGCGCACCCAGUGGAGGUAUCCAGAAGUCUCAGUCCGCAAAGCCUGGCAGUUUAGCCAGCCGCAUUACUGGGCCUCAGCGUUCUGCUUCCACCACCAAUCUUCGCGGCAACAAGUCUAACCCUCCUACUGCCACCAAUUCGCGCGUUAAAAAGCUCAACCCAGUCGCUGCAGCCCCCGCGCAAAAGAAAGAUCCCAAGAACAACCGUGAUUUCAAGAACAGCCGUGACCCCAAGAACAACCGUCGUUCCAAUGCCGAUAGAAUAUUGAACGCUGUCCAGGCCGGCUCACCCCAGGCAACCGUUCGCAAACCCAAGACUGGCUUGUCUAUCAAGGGCGCCUCUGGUCCCUUUGUGGUGAUUGCUAGCAACUUUGCGCCCGGAACCACAGCUGCAGAUAUCCAGUCAGCCCUGGAGCCUCUCUCCGGUCCUAUGCUCAGCUGUCGCGUUAUCUCCCACAACCCAGAAGUUGUGGCUGAGCUUGCUUUUGAAGAAAAAUGGAAUGCUGAGAAUGCUAUUGCCAAUUUCCACAACCAGAGAGCCGAUGGACGCAUGUUGUCCAUGACACUCAAAGCUGCUGGAGAAGCACCGACCACCCACAACCCUUACAACGAUAUGCGUGCCCAGGCCGAUCGCGAUCGCCGCCAGCGUCAGGCAAACCCCGAUUAUCAAAAUGGCAACUUUGGCUUCGACGUGCGUGGUCGCAAGCAGUCAUCUUCUGGAUUGUACAGUGACGAGAUGAUGGUUGAUACACCGCCAUCUCGUCCUCGACGACAGCAGCGCUAA